ACCUGUACUGCUCUCUAACACAAGGAGAUAGGAAUUCGCCAGAGAUAAUAAUAAUUCCACACGAUAUUUGCAGAGUUGAACCACGGGUCGCUGUUGUCAGUCGCUGCACUGGAAAAUACAGUGUGUCUCCUCUUAUCUCUGCCGGAUCUGGACUCUUUAUAUGUGCUUAUGGAGAGCUGCACCGGUCCUUUUUUUGAGUGUGUUUGAGCUCAGCGGUGUUUUAACUGGUAUGCGGUGCAUUCGAUAGAGAUCUCACUGUUACAUGACCUGGAGGCAGCUAAAGUGCUUAAAAGGAAGAGGAGAAUGAAGAAAAGACAAUAGAAUGAAGACAGGAAGUGGGGUGGAAUAGCAACCUUGAUCAAAAGACACCUUGAGACUUCUGUCCAAUGACACAAUGAUGACCUGGAACUGAGAGAAAAUCGUCCCUUUAUUCAGACAAAGCUAGGACUAAGCUUAAAAAAAGAGUUUCCAUGUUACUACAUGUGUCUAAAUAAAUGACAAAGCCUUGUAUGGCCCCAGUGGCACGCAGAUAGUUUAGGCUACUGAUUCAUUGACAGCGUCAGAUGAAGAUGGAUAGAUGGUGUUGCAUCCAGUAAGUGAAGAGUGCUAAAUGAGCUGCUGUGUAAGCAGCUUGAUCUCUGAAUGAUUGAAGGCAGAUAGCAUUUUAAGUGACCAACAAAGGCACGCUACACAUCCCUAGAUGUGCAACUGCAGAUAGCAGUAGUUUCAGGUUUUAUUGAGCUUGUGAAAGGCCAGGUAGACAGGGUAAUUUAGUUCCUACAAUGAAUCCUCGAGACAGUGUGGAGGUGAUGGAGACCCAGGAGAAGCUGGCUGGAGAUCAGAUCAAACCUGGAAAGGAAGUUGACGGCGAGGAUGACAAAGUCCCCGGGGCAUUCGACUGCAAUGUGUGUGGACGCAGCUUCCCGUUCCUCAGCUCUUUGUCGCAGCAUAUGAGACGCCACACUGGUGCGCGCCCUUACAAAUGCCCCUACUGUGACCACAGGGCUUCUCAGAAGGGCAACCUCAAAGUUCACAUCCGCAGCCACAAACUGGGCACGCUCUCCAGCCACCACUCCAAUGAGGAUGAAGAGGGUGGAGCCGAGGAGGAGGAGAUGAGCGUGUCAGAGGGUCUCGAUGGAGGUACGAGUCCGACUAAGAGCAGCUCAGCUUGUAACCGGAUGAUCAAUGGGGAUAGUGGCGAGGAGAGUCGGAGGAAAGUGCCUGGGAGGAGCUUGAAGAGAGAGAAGCCUGUUAGCGACCAGAGGCCUUACUGUUGCCGUCUGUGUGGCUACGAAGCAUAUCGAGAAGACCAGCUCCUAAGCCAUAUUGAAAAGGUCCACAUCACAGUAGAAGCAGAGGAAGAGACAGCUGUUAAGGAAGAGGCUGUGCCUGAACCUGAUGUCGUCCAACCCCAGAACGAUGGGACCUUCCCCUGUGAGACCUGUGGCCAAGUCUUUACCCAGGCCUGGUUUCUGAAGUCACACAUGAAGAAACACGCAGGGAUCCUGGACCACUGCUGUCGUAUUUGCGGACGACGCUUCCGCGAAGCUUGGUUCCUCAAGUCGCACAUGAAAACACACAACACCAAAUCCAGGUCGCGGUCCAAAGCGGAUUCCACCGAGCUUCCGGCCACCAUCAACGACGUAGCUCAGGAUCCCGAAGUCAUCACUGGGUCUUUCCCAUCCAUCUAUCAGAUGUGUUCCAAAUGUGGAAACCUGUUUCACAACAGGGAGAGCCUGAGGGCCCAUGAAAGAAUCCACAGUCUCGGCUAUGGCAAGAAAUCACAGAGCCAAUGCAGACUCAGCGAUGAUGAGGACCCACCAGCUGCUAAGAGACGUUACCUUGACUACUUAAACCUCCAGCCUGUUGAGAAAAAGAUGGAUGAAAAGGAGGAGAGUGAGAAGAAGAUGCUGGGUCAAAGAAUCCCAGAGCUGGAUCCAGUCUGCAGCUACCAGGCCUGGCAAUUAGCUACUAAGGGACGGGUCGUUGAGCCAGUGGAGCUGAGUUACAAGGCUUCCUGUGGUGCAGGAAGUAUGGGGGAGGAAGCCUUCGCUGGAGCCGCUGUGGUUUUUGAGAAGGAGAGCAGCCGUUAUGUCCUGCAAGGUCAAGAGAGACGCAGCUCAGGACGGCGCAGCAGCUCUGGUUUGGGAAGCCAUACUUCUUCAGGGGACCGGACACCUGAGAGCCUCAGCGACUCCGAGUACCGGCCUUCAUCUCGCCAGGACAGACGGAGACCAUCUUCCUCCAAGUCCAACGAGUGCUUUGAGUGCGGGAAGGUGUUCCGCAAUCGUCACCAGAUGAUCGUCCACCAGCGCGUCCACAGUAAGGAUGGAGGCAGGGCGUCUGUGGGGGAGAAGGAAAGAAGUGCAAGAGACGACCGAUGGGGAUCCACCAGUGAUCCAGAGUCAGGUUCCCAGAGCCGGCCCAGCACCCCAGGCUAUGGAGACUCUCCACCAGCCUCCACCCUUGGAGACCAGGCCUCAGAGAUGGGUACCGCAAACUCUGGAGAGAUAGCAGAUGAGAAGCCUUACCUAUGCAGCCUUUGUGACUUUGUCAGCAGAGAGUUGCAGGCCUACUUGACUCACGUUCGUGUCCAACACCCGGCCGCCCCCGAAAACAGACCCAGCCCCAUUCCCAGCCCCAGCUCCAGCUCGGAUAGAGGAACCCCCAGUGGUUAUCCCAAGCUAAAGAAAGCUCUUCUUCAGGGGAUGAACAACUCCCCUCCUAGUUACCUUUCAGCUCGCUCCUCCCCGCUCGACCCCGGCAUGACCCCGGUGGAUCUAUGUGUGAGGGCUGAGGGCUACAGGGGCAUAGCCUCUCUAACCCAGGACAGGAAGAGCCUCCCAAGCCACAAGUGCUCCUUCUGCUCCCACUCCACCCGCUACCCCGAGGUGCUCUGGAUGCACCAGACUGUGGCUCACCGCAUCAACAGCAGUAGCUCCAAUCUUGCUCCUAAGUGGGCCCUGAAAAACAGCUCCAAGGUCUCCAGGGACAACUUAUUAUCCUCCAGGAGACGCACUGGUCCCCCGCCAGUCCUGGAGGGGAAGGAAUGCGCACCCCUUCCUCCACUGAUGCGUGCCCAACGCACUCGGCCUCCAACCAACUCCAGCGAGGUUCAAAAGAAGAGCAAGCCAGCGAGUCAGGCAGCCAUGCCAUCAUCAUCAUCUUCCUCUAGCCCCUCCUCCUCGUUCUCCAGGGGCUCCUCAUCCACCUCAGGCACCCAAGCUGGGAGAGUCCCCAUCCGACCAAGCAGCAGCAGCAGCAGCAACAGCAACAACAGCAGUGUCAGACACAUGGAGGACCAUCAGUCACGCUUCAAACCCAAAGUGGAUAUUUACCCUCGGGGAGGCUCAUCAUCUUCCUCCAGCUCCUUGGAGAAGAGCACUGGUGCCCUCUCACGCUCCUCGGCCCCAAGCCCCAGCUCUUCUACCGCGUCCCGGAUUACUGAUCGAUACUUGAUGCCUCAAGAGGGCCUCGGCUUCAUGCUGUCCAGCAAACACGGCCUAGCAGAGUACAGCCGAGCCAGGGGUUCCCCUCAUCAGCCGCUUCCCAACUCCCACAGCCAGAACCGGGCCAACUCUUCGAGGCCCAGCACCAUCACCCAUAGCUCUACAGCAGGACACAACUACGGAGCUUCCCAGGCUCAUGGAGGCACUCUGCUCAGUUCUUCCUCCUCCACCUCCUCCUCCUCCUCUUCUUCUUUGCCUUCAGAGGCCCGUGGAGAUGUGAAGCAGGAGCCAAUGGCAGAGACGCCGGAGACGCCAACUGACAUCCUCGGUUUCCUGAAAAACUACAACCCCCAUGAACUGGCUGCACUCUACCACCGCUGGGGUGCGGCAAAUGCACUGAUGGAUCCCACUGGGAUGCUGAGGUCUCUGAUGCGGCAGGGACAGUAUUUCUGCCAUGAGUGCGGGAAGAGUUUCAGUCAGCCCAGCCACCUGCGUACUCAUAUGAGAUCCCAUACAGUUGGGUUUGAUUUUAACGGACUCCACAGAGGUACUGACGCUCACACCACCGCUUCUGAAGCUCCCAAACAAGGGAGAGGCCAUUCUGCUGCCAGCUCUGCCCAUACCGAGCAUCUCAGAAAGGGAACCUAAAGACGCACGUCCAGAGUGUCCACCAUAUGCCUUUUGACAACAGCCAGUACCCAGACACAAGAAGCUUGUUUCUGAGCCAGGAGGAGCGAGGAGCACUGGCUGACAAACACCCACCAACGCCACAACAACAGUAGACCAUCUGAUAGACCAGGAUCUGGACUCUGGACCAAACUAGUCACACAACCCAAAUCACCAUUCCCAAAAAUCAGAGGAAAAGAAGUUGUCCUCUCCACCCACAAUCCUUUAAAGACCUUAGAAGAAUUUUCUACAAUGAAGACGCUUGUAGUUUUUGGAUUUUUUUUUUUUCAUUAAAUAAGAAGCUAGUUAAAGGUGUGCUAGGCAAUUUAAAAAUCACAAUGUGAGCUGCAGCAGAAAAGAGUGUCUUAUCUACUAAAGGAAAUCAUUUCCAGUGAAAUUCUGCAGUUAGAAAUUCAGGUGUCAGUUGUGAAAACACAGGGAAAAUUUUCUCCACGCAGAAGUAAUGAAGAGUAAUAUAUAAAGUUUCUAAUUAGCUGGACUCACCAAUGUCCAUCUUUUGCUUCUUGGUAGGCUUUGGCGGUAUCUAGUUUUUCAUGUCAUACCUUUCUGACAUUUCACCGGCGUAUACGGUAUAUGAUGAUAUUUGUAGUUUUGUUUAAACAAACAACCCACCCUCACACUGCAGCUGCCAUUGUUUCAGCUGGAAGUAUAGUGUAGUAUAAUUCUUACGCAUAUUUUGCUUAUUAAACAGAAAAAUACAACAGUAUAACUUAUGAAUGUAAGUUUCUGUACUUCACCUAACUAAGACUUGAUUAGUUGCAUUGUUAACUCAUCUAAAACGUACUUCACUCUAACUCAACAGGGACUUACCAUCAAGUAUCGUCUUUCCACUGUUCAAUCAAUGGUCAACUCUGGUUUGUAUGAAAUUAAUCUUUAUUUCACAGAGUAUAAUGUAAAAUAUACUGGCUCUACAUGGUGUUUUCCACCACUGCCGUUUUUUGCCGUGGCGGGGCUGCCAACUGAUCAACGCUGCAGCAGACUCGGAGGCAGUCCAAUAAAUUUGCUGAAUAAAAUGACAAAAAUUGCACAGAUACAGCUUUGUCCUUUAUCAAUGUGACUAAAACAGGGACAGAGGCUUUUUACUUUUUCUUACUUAAAUCUUAAGAGCCCUGCAAGUCGGCAUCUUUCUCAACUCUACCGCUACCUGUUCCACCUGUAGAACCUGUACACUACACAUCAACUAAAUACAGCACCUCUGUAUCAGCAUUUUUGUCUGGAUUUCCAAAUAUCCUGUUAAACCAUAGUACUGUGAUACCGCCUAAGCCUAUAUCUUGGUCUUCUUUAAUUUGAAGGUUGGCAAAAUUGAGCAGAUUGUGUGUAGUUUACAUCACCUUAAAGGAUUUCUGAAUAUAGAAGCCCUCAAAAUUUUAAGAGUUACCUCUUGCUGCCAUUUCGGAGGUACCAACAAGUGAAGUCGCCUUAUGCAGCUUUACAAGAAGAGCAAAGUUUUUACGAAAAGAAGCAGAAAUACUGAACUUGAAUGCAACUGCUAGCAUUUUAACCAAGGACUGUGGCAUUGCAUGGCUGCUGUAGUUGCUUCCUGUUACCCUUUCUACUUCUUUGUUUUUUUUAGCUUUAUUGUAUAAGAGUUUGUGCAUUCCUCAGGCCACCAAUCAUCAGAAAUGAGAUGAGAGAAAAAGAUGCUCUGCAAUUCAUCAACAGUCAAGUUUGUUUCCUCUGGGUUCAUGAAGAUGAAGACUUGCAUCUGUGUGUGUGUGUGUGUGUGUGUGUGUGUGUGUGCAUGCACAAGUGUGUUAAUCGCACUUCCCUCCACUCCAGAGUGUAAUGUUAGCAGUGCAGCGACCACUGAGGCUGUGUAGCUGAUGAUUGGAAGGAGAGAGAGAGGUAGGGUUAAGAGAGAGAGAGAACGCUAAUGGGGGUGUCUGCUUUAGUGCUCAUUAAAAAGAGUGUGCGUUUUAAUAGCCAAUAUAAAUGAGCGUACCAUUUUUAUGGUCAUUCAAUUAUUGUCCAUUUAAGAGGAAGGGACUGAGUGGAGGCAGUUUUCCGCCAUAACUCCAUCAUAUUAAGGAGUGUUUCCGACACUUCUGACUUUGAGUUAGACUGACUUCAUAACAGUGGUGAUGACAGGAAGAUGCUAGCUCGGCAGUGGAUUGCACAGAUAAAACUCUUACGUGUUCACUUGCAAAAGAGAAUUUGGAACUGCUAAUUUUAGCAAGCAAAGCUACAUCUCAAUUUCAUAUUGCUAAAGGGCAACAUUAACUUUUUGGCUUGUUGGUUUUUGUGUGAUGAAAGCUUUGGUACCAAAACCAAACCCAAUCUCUCUGGUAGAAUGCCUCUCAGCAGCACAGACUACCUUAGAACCAAUGCAACCAAGAUUAUUAACUCAAUAGGAAAGAAUUGAAAAAAAAAAAACCCUUCUUUGACCCAAAGUUAAGUUUAUUUUUUGACACCCUUCUAACCAUUUUCUGUUUCUUGUAAAAUGAUAAAAAGUUUAACAGGUUCAAGCUUGUAAAAAAUAACUAAUGAAACAAUUUCAGAAGGGGAAUUCAGAGAGAAAAGUAUUCCUUUUAAACUAGCCAGUGUGUUAAAAAGAUAACGGAUAUAAUUCAACAUGCUCGAUAUAAUAAAGCAGGCUCCUCCGGCAGAACAAACAACCAGAGAUUUAGGGCUGAUUUUGCUACCAAAACAUUUAAGCAGACUAAUGAGCCAAACUCCCAUACUGUCAGUCUAACUUCUUGAAUGGUGAUGUGAAGAUUAGCAUUCUGGGAGGAAAGAGUGUGGAGGUCAGAGAAAGAUGGAGAGAGAGCAGCCAGAGGUCAGGAGGUCAGGCUUCCAGAGAGUUCAGAUAUAAAUACAAAAGAUGAAGCCUAUUGAAUUGUAGAGCCGUCACAGCCUUAACACAGGUGUGUGUGAGUGUGCAUUUAUGUGUGUAUGUGCAUUCUUUGGUUGACUAACUUCUGUGUACUGCAAGAACUCCAGCCUCCAUCUAGAUGCUUUGUAUACUAGCCUACCUCCUUUGCAAUGAAAGUUUUUUAUUGGCUGGUAUGAAGCCGGGACUGUUCUUUGUGAGGAGGAGAUGUUCCCUUUGUGUCCUCUAGGCUUGGUUGUCUCCAUGAUUGACAUAGCCAUGUCUUGACAUGCUGGGGAAAAGAAAAUCAAGGCAGUUGAAAGCAGACUUACAGUGCGAGAAUGGAACUGUGGAGACGUUUUUGUAUGCAUAAACUCAAAAAUCAAACCAGUUAAAGAUUACGGAGCAUACAGAGUACUGUACUUCCCAACUAUUUUGAGACCUCAGACAUUUUUCCAUGAUGAUGAAAUAAAUGGUUGCUAUACCAGUGGGUCGUCGAGUUAUGCAUACAAAGUUGUGUGCUUGAAUAUGCCUAAUAAUACACCAAUGUGUAUACUGAAGGUGUGGGUAGUGAAAAUACUUGAAACGGAUACUCUAGCCUUCGAGGUAGUGUAGUACUAAUACCAAUGUUGUACAGAAUUCCCUUUAAGAUUAACUCCUCAGUUAUGAAUUUGUACUCCGAAGUGUGACUUAGAAAAACUAUGAAGCAGGAGUGAGUGUAUGUAAUAUAAAGUGUAUAUCUGUAAUCCACUUUUACCAAACCCUUAUAUACAGCGGUAGAAACCAAAUGGCAUUACUAGUGCACUUAGACUAGGUUACUGCUUUAACCGUUCUCAUUUUGUCCGAUUCUAGCUAAGGUUUCUUUGAGAAUGUCUUUUUAAUGGUGCCAGCUAACACAAUGUCAUUUCUGGUUUAGAUGCUUUUUGUUAGGAUUAUUCCAUAGAUUUUAAAUGACAAAUGAUUUGUUCUGUGACGGCUGUGUGGCGCAGCUUUUUAGCUUUGUUUCCUCAUUGAAAGUUUGAUAAUGCUAGGUGCAGCAGUGCUUAUUUUUUCAUAAAGAUGUAAGAGUGUGUUUUUAGUCUUUCUCUUUGCUAAACUGUAGGAUUUGUUCAGUAGCUAGUCAUGGCUGCCCUCCCAGAGGGGCUGGCAGGUGUUGUUCUUUUCUCUUUGGUUGGGUUUUUAUCAUGCCUCUUAAGUUGUAUUAUUUGUGUCCGUAUUGCUUUUUUUAAUUUGUUAUGAACUUUCAUGAUUAAUUUACCUUAGAAGACAUUAUUAUUCCAAAUGUAUUUGGUUGAUAUCUGUAUUUAUUAUCACUUCAAAAAGGAUUCGAGGACAGAGGCAGACAGGAGCGUUUGUUUUAAUUUGAUUUUUCUGGGUUGUUUUUGUUUUUAUACUGUGUAGUUUUCAUGCCAGCAAGCCGAUGUGAAAGCUCUACCUCGUCUGAGCCAUUCUCAGUUCUGUUACACUUUUGUACAUCAUUUCAAAAAGAUGUAAUGUCAUGUCCACAAUAAAGACACACAAAAUGGCA